CAGCUGUUGAGCAACUGUCGGGGAUGAAUGCAGAGAGGCGAUAUCUGUGCUUCAGCAUACAACAACUAAUGAGUCACUGGUUCGAGAGAAGAUGAUGGCGACGUUCCAAUACAGACAGGAGGUGGUUCAUGAUCCGGAGAAGUCCUCAACUGUCCUAGAUGUCUUCCCCAGAUUCCUUGACACUACAGGCUUGAUCAACCAAGAUUUCACCAGACUUUUCGGAGAGGUGGUGUCUGGGACAUUUAUGACGAAGUGGCCAACAUUUUUCAAASCCAGGGUCAUCGCAGAUUGCAAAACCCUUCCCUUCAGCGAACCUGUGGAAGACCUCCUCUCGUCUGCGCAGCAUGAAUCCAAUGAUUAUGGAUGGGAGAGUGACUUGGCAGCCAUUUUGUUGCUUCUGCAUCUCCUACCCCCGACCUCAAAGGGCCCGAAGACCGCAAAGAUCCGUACCUCUCAAGCUGCUGACCAUCUGGUUAGAUUUAUGAAGGUGGGGACAAGUAUGGUGACCUUCCUUGAGACGGUUAGAUAUGAGCAGCAGCCCUUCCUCCUCUGUGUCGGUGAAAGGAAGAACAGCCUUCAGAAGUUUUACAUCGUCGUUGACCAGAAGGCCAUCCCAUGCAAGGCCCAAACAUCAGUGGCAGCUUUUGAUGAGCUCUUUAAGGCACACUAUGUCUUCAGUGUGUCCUACCAUGAAGCGUUGUGUAACUUCUACACAUUCAUCCAGACCACCGUGUACGGUAUCGACGUGGGGAAGGCAAAGGAGUCCUCAAGAGUCAAGGAGAUUAGAGUAAGGCUGCUUAACAAAGACCAGGGGAGUGGUGCCGCCGGAGCGCAAGGGAGCGGCGCUCCUGCCCUUUUUUCAAUUUGAGAAUAUAAAUUAGUAGUUUAAUAGUUUAACACCAUCUGCUCUAUUUCGCUCCUGAAACAGUAACUCAAGAAGAUCUAAGUGCAUAUCCCCAUGAAGCUGAUUGAGAUCAAAUGAUUGUCAUGCAGAUGCAGUUUGGACAUUUCACCGGUAAAACGCAAAUAAUUAUCAUUCACCAAUGACACUGGUGGCCUAUUUGUAAAUUAUAUAUGCCUAACUUGGUGUUUGAGGGUAUUACAUUUUAGUGAGAGAGUGUGGACAUAGGGCAGA